AUCAAAGACUUACGCGAUACUAAAUACUACCAAUAUUGCACAGCUGACAAUCAAUCAAGACUAGGAGUUUAACCGGUAAAAACAGCUGGCUACAAAUCACUAAUAUGACGACGCAACAAGCAAAGACGACUAAUUUAAAGAAACUAAGGCAAAUUAAGGCCACAAGACACAACUAACAAGCAAAACAAUACUUAGACUAGCUACUCAGAGGGACGGAAGUGAAGCUCUAGUCACGCCGAGGAGAAUGCACUUUCUGAAGAAGUUCUAGAAAGCAGCAGUUUUAAACUAGCGUCGCUCAGAAACACUAUUUGAAGUGCCGCGUAAUUACUCAAUAAUGUAGCGAUAAGCGGCUCUAAACGGAUCAAAUACAAGCAAAUACAAGCAAUUUACAAUACCUUGAACCAAAACAGCUGCGCAGAUAAAACGGGGAUGAAACAAAGUUACCGAUCAAAGACUUACGCGAUACUAAAUACUACCAAUAUUGCACAGCUGACAAUCAAUCAAGACUAGGAGUUUAACCGGUAAAAACAGCUGGCUACAAAUCACUAAUAUGACGAUGUUGGAACUGCGGGAGGCACCAGACACUGUACAGCACACACAUAAGCAUAUGCACAUGCAUGCAUACACACAAGGAUGAUAAGGGCUCGUUUUCUCCGAGGGGCAGCCACUGUACUGGUGGCCACUACAACCAUGUUCUGCAUAGUGACUAUUAAGAAUGAGGUGGGCUCCCUUGGAGACAGCCUGCGGCACGCUUAUCAGAACAACACCGCAUGGAGUCGGGAGACACUGAGGAGGCUGGAACACAUGGAGACUCAGAUCAACAAUCUGGUGCAAUCCGUUAAAAUAACUGAUGGUGGAAAAGGCCAAAAUAACGAGGAGUCAGCAGUGAAGUUGGAGAAGAAGGUGGUGAAGAAACUGUAUCCAAAUUCAGCCCUCUUCACAAAGUGGGGGGAGGAGCUCUCGGAGGAGGAGCAGAAGGAGGCAGAAGAGCUGUAUCAGAAAUAUGGGUACAACGCCUUCCUGAGUAACAAGCUGCCCCUGAAUAGGCAGAUCCCAGACACCAGAGAUAAGAGAUGCUUGGAGAGAAAAUACCCAAAGGACCUCCCCACUAUCAGUGUGGUGCUGAUCUACCUGGAUGAAGCCCUGUCCAUCAUCAAAAGAGCCAUCCGCAGUAUCAUAGACAAGACACCUGCUCACCUGCUCAAAGAGAUUAUACUGGUAGAUGAUCACAGUUCUAAUGAGGAUCUGAAGGACAAGCUGGAUGCCUACAUCAGCCUCAUCCAUGAGGAGCGGCCAGGCCUGGUGAAGAAGGUGAACCACAAGGAGCAGAUGGGACUGACGCAGGCCCGCAUCUCAGGGUGGAGGGCUGCAACAGGAGAUGUGGUGGCCAUCUUAGAUGCUCAUAUUGAGGUCCAUGUGGAAUGGGCAGAGCCACUCCUGGCACGAAUUAAGGAGAACCGGACAGUGGUGCUGACCCCCGUGUUUGACAGGGUGAAUUUUGACGACAUGAAGGUUAUACGAUAUUUGCCGGCAGCGGAUGCUUUUGACUGGGCUCUGUGGUGCAUGUAUGAGUCCUUCAGACCUGAGUGGUACAAGCUCAAUGAUGAGUCACAACCAGGAAAGAGUCCCUCCAUCAUGGGUAUUCUAGUGGUUGACAGACUUUUCUUUGGGGAAAUUGGAGUGCUGGACGGUGGGAUGAAAAUCUAUGGCGGAGAAAAUGUAGAGCUGGGAAUUCGAGUGUGGCUGUGUGGGGGCAGCAUAGAGGUAGUGCCAUGCUCCAGGAUUGCCCACAUUGAGAGGGCCCACAAACCCUACCUGCCCGACUAUGGCGUCGUCAUGCAGAGAAAUGCCCUCAGGGUGGCUGAGGUCUGGAUGGAUGAGUACAAGGACAAUGUCAAAAUCGCCUGGAACCUUCCAUUAAAGGAUCAUGGGAUUGACAUUGGGGAUGUGUCAGAGAGAAAGCAACUCAGAGAGAAGCUGCAGUGUAAACCCUUCCAGUGGUAUAUGGACAAUGUUUAUCCACAGCUGGACCACUGGAAUGACCUAGUGGCCUAUGGCGUUCUGAUUAAUGACCUUAAGAAGGAUCUGUGUAUUGACCAAGGACCUGUUCCUGGAAGUAAACCGAUUCUUUAUGGAUGUAACUUCUUUGUUCCUCAGCGCUGCUACUACCUCACAAAUGGACAGAUUUACAUUGGGGGCAUAAAAUCUCACACAUACAAUAGAAAUCGAUGCCUGGUGGAUACUGGCACAGAAAGUACUCCAUCACUCAAUGACUGUAAAGUGGCCAAGGAAAAAGGAUUCCACAUGUACUGGGACUUCAAACAGGGACAGGGCAUAAGGAACAGAGAAACAAAUAAAUGUCUUGAGAUUGCUGUUGGAGAAGAUACCUACUAUCAUCUUGUCAUUCAAGAGUGUAGUGGCCAACACUGGAAAAUACAGCAUGUGAUUAAGGAAUUCUGAGGAAGCAUACCAUUAAGCCCAUUCAUCUCCUCCCUGCAAGUGAAAUGGCAGCAUUGUAUCCCUCGCAACCCUGCCCAGGAUAAGCAGAUAUAGGAAAUGGAUGGAUGGAUAUAGGCUACUGCACUGUGGGGGCUAAGUUAAGAGGUGUUUUUAUUAUAUGUACUGUAGGGUAUUAUAGUUGGCUAUACAAAACGGAAAAACAGCAGUAGAUAGGGCAACCGAAUAUUUCAGCAAAUCAAUAUAAAUAUUGUCAUUAAAAUAUCAAUUAAACCUUAAAUAAACAUAUUGCACACUAAAAAUCCUCACGUGGACUUUUAAUGAGACUUUUUCGACUUGACUUUGAAAUUCACAUUUUGAUGUAAUUUAUGCUACAUAGCAUCUUAACACUCAGAUUGUUUAGAAUCAUCGACAGUUGUAUCCUUGAUGAGACCAACAAUGUUGAAAACACCACUUUGCAACUGCUGCUGAAAUAUCUACAGACUGUGGUGCAAGGAUUCUCGGAAUAAACACAUUCAUGUGAUGCUUUCACUUUCAAUAUAAUAAUAAUCAAUCGGUGUGUGUCAUGUGGCUACUCCCGGGCCCUGAAUUAUGAGACUUCCACGUCAACCUACUUACUGUACACACCUUGAUUAUCUAUUGAUUUACAUUUUGCUGGCAGUUAGCAGUGUCUGUAAAUUGCUCUGCAUGUAUGUGAUGGCUGUUGCGUUAAUAUAUUUGUUUUAGUUUCCAGUU